UAUCAGAUAAAGUCAUGCUAUCGGUCUCGCCAGAUAAGAGAACGGUGACAGACGAUGACACAUGACGCCCGUACUUUCGGAAGUAUACGUGUCGCACUAGCUAUUUUUUCUGCUCCUCAUUUGGCGUAUGAUUCUCACCUUUAUCGUCGUCUCGAAUGGAAGAUAAUUAAAUAAAGUCAUGGACACGCUCUACCCGAAUCUCUACGAGCGCUUCAAGACCGAGGGACUCUGUCCCAUCUGCCUCAUGGAGAUGGAACUCACGCCUCGGUACUCGUGCGUCAACGGGCACACCGUGUGCUAUCGUUGCAAGCCUUACUACUACGGUUGUCCCACGUGUAAAGCGCCGUUGGAUGUGGAGAUUCAGCCGCUACAGACAGACGCACCCCUACCGACACACUACAUGCCGCAUCCCAUGCCACCGCGAUCGUACGACGAUCAUAAUCCUAGCGCGCCGUCGAUGAGCAACUUCCUGGAUCGCGAGAAAAGAGCUUGGGAGCCGCCAGUACCAUUGGAAAAUCAACAGCUCGAAUCGUGCUCCUAUUCUCAUUUAGGAUGCUGGGUGAAGAUACCGGAACAUCUGCGCGUGCUGCAUGAGUCGAGGUGUCAGUUUCGACCGCAUUUGGAGGAAGAGCACAUGCCGACCGAUCUUCAUCAUGGUAACGAUGAUUUGGUAGAGUGCACGUAUACCGCAGUGGGUUGCAGAGUACGAAUGGUGCCAUGGCGACGUAGCAUUCACGAAAAGUUUUGCAUAUAUAGAGACAGGUUCCAAGCCGUAAACGACAUCAGCGACAGUCUCGCAUCCGCAACGAUCGCCGAUAACGAUUACGGCGGCGAUCCCGACGAAUUGGUACGGUGUAAGUUCGAGCGAUAUGGCUGCAUGGUGAGAAUGCCGAGGAGACGAAAAUACGUGCACGAGCAGAAAUGCAACUACAAGAGCCAUCAAGGGGACGUAAACGAUGGGUUCUUCGUUUAUCCCCCGCAGCCGGAAUUAGAUCCUGAGGAGCAAGUGGAAUGCAGAUGGUCCGUAUACGGUUGCCGAGUCAGGCCAAAGCGCUAUCGCACGCAAAUCCACGAGACUAAAUGUAAUUACAGAAUGGAAGAGUGCGCGUACAAGGAUUACGGAUGCAGCGCCAUGUUUAUGCCAGCUAGAAAGUACGCUCAUGAGAGCACUUGCGAAUAUACUCAUUAGAUUUUAACGAUGUCUCUCAUGUCUCUAUAAAAUCUAAUUCCCGCGUAGAAUACAUGUACAUUUAUUGGAAACAGCCGCAAAAAUAUUUUUUCCAUUUUUUGAUUAAUUUCAGUGACGAGAAUAACACAAAUAUGUACAAAUUGCCUUAAGAAGGAUCGAUUUAUAUAAUUGUUAUACGGAAUGCUAAUAAAAAAAAAAAACAUACUUUAUGUUGCAACAAACGAAUAAUUAAAAUACCAACUGGAUAAAUCAAA